AUGUCGAAACGUUUUUUCGAAGGUGCUCAACAUGCAGCUCGUUAUGCAUUAACUCGACCGACAUAUCCACCAGCAUUAAUGGAAAAAAUCAUUAGUUUUCUUGCCAUGAAGUAUAAAGAUAUAUAUGAUUAUGCAGCUGACAUUGGUUGUGGUAGUGGACAAAGUACUGAACUUUUAUCACCUUAUUUUCAAAAAGUUUAUGGUUAUGAUGUAAGUGAAAAUCAAAUAAAAGAAGCAAAAACAAAAAAUAAGAUAUCAAAUAUUGAAUACAAAGUCAAUAUAAAGAAUGCUAUACCACAUGCAAACAAAUCACUUUGUUUAAUUACUGCUGCACAGGCAGCACAUUGGUUUGAUUUAAAACAAUUUUAUUCUGAAGCUAAUCGAACUCUUAAACAAAUGGGUGUAUUAGCUAUCUAUGGUUAUGAAUUACCUAAAAUUGAUGGUGAACAUUCUUCACAACUCAAUGAAAUUUUUCAAAAUUUUUACAAGAAAUUAUUACCCUAUUUUCCACCAGAUCGACAUCAAAUUGAUAGUAAAUAUGCUGAUAUUAUUUUACCUUUUGAAGAAAAAAUUCGAGAUGAAAGUGUUAAAAUAAAAUAUGAAUGGAAUCUUGAUCGUUUUCUAGCUUAUAUUUCAACAUGGUCAGGAUAUGUUCAUUAUAUGCAAAAAUAUCCAGAUAAAAAUAUUAUUCUUGAUUUACGUAGAGAUUUGUUUAAAGCAAUGAAAACAGAAAAUGAAAAUGAACAAAUGAAAAUUAAUUUUGGAACAUUUAUUUUACUUGGUCGUAAAACAGACUGA